AUGUCUUCACCCUACACCAACUCAAUUUCAUCAUCCUCCACUCAGUCUUUCCCCCUCGUGAUCGGCUCAUCCACCGUAGCAAACAACUUAAACAGUGAAGAAACGGCGAUGACAAUGAUUCAACAACCUAACUCCCUUUCUCCACCACCCAAGAAACUAAGAAACAAGCCAGGAAACCCAAGUCCAGAUGCUGAAGUGAUAGCACUGUCUCCAGAGGAGAUAACGGCGACGAACAAGUACAUAUGUGCAGUAUGCAGCAAAGGGUUUCCAAGAGAGCAGAAUCUACAGCUUCACAGGAGAGGGCACAGUCUUCCAUGGUCUCUGAAACAAAAGUCUGAUGACGAAGAUGUAAGGAAGAAGGUGUAUGUUUGUCCUGAGCCCACGUGCGUCUACCAUGAUCCGUCACGUGCUCUCGGAGACCUCACCGGAAUCAAGAAGCAUUAUUUCCGGAAGCACGGUGAGAAGACGUUCAAAUGCGGGAAAUGUCCUAAGAGUUAUGCUGUUGAAUCUGAUUUCAAAGCUCACUCUAAGAUAUGUGGUACCAAAGAGUAUCGAUGUGACUGUGGUGCUACCUACACUAGAAGAGACAGUUACGACACACAUAGGGCAUCUUGUGGUGCAUUAUUACAAGAGCCACCAAGAAACCCUACCUUGAGCUACACGGAAAUGGCAGCAGCAGCAGCUGGUGGUGGAGGAGUUGGCAGACCUAUGUUUUACGGCGGUGUUUCUUCUGCUCUCUCUCACAACCAUUUUGGUAAUAACUCAAACACUGGUUAUACCCCGCUAGCUGGAGGUUACAAUCUGAACCGUUCAUCGUCCGAGACGUUUGGAAACUUCGUUCCUCAGUCAACAAACCCUAACCAUGGUCCUACUAAUUUCCCCAUGCAAUACCCUUCGAACCAAGGACUGAUGGCACGGAUCGACCAGAAUCUCAUGAACCAGCAAGGUCUGAUCAACAGUAACAACCAUAACAACAACUUGUUCAAUCCUGGAUACUUUCAAGACAACACUCAGAACCUCUCUGCUCAGAUAGGUGUUCCUUCUCUUUUCAACAAUGCUGACAACAACGUUCCUUCUGCUCUGCGUAGAGGGUUUAGUUCUUCACCUUCUUUAAGUGUGGCCGCUUACAACUUUGGAAGCAGCGAUAAUGGAAACUUUCAAGGUCAAAUGAACUCUCUAGCUGCGACAAGCGAUCAUCAAGGCCGGCCCGGUAGCAGCAACUUCGACCAUCGUUUCGGAAACAAUCUAAGCAUGGGACGCUCUGCUAGGCAGACUUUGGACCUCUUUAAUGGAGGAAACAUGAGAAACAUAUAUGGUCGUGGUGGUCGUAAUGGACCUUCUUUGGACGUUGACAUGAAGUUUUCAGAUCCAAAUAAUCCAUUUGGAAAUGUUUGA